AUGAAUAUAGUAUCCUAUAAUAUACGUGGGGUGGGCAGUCCUUUGAAAAGGAAAUUGCUAAGUUCGUUAAUUCGCAAAGAGAGUUUUGAUUUUUGCUUGCUUCAGGAAACUAAAUUGACGCAUUGUUCGGACAGAAUUAUUUUUGAAUUGUGGGGUGGAACUGAUGUUGAAUGGUAUUUUAAAGCAUCUGUUGGGAAUUCAGGAGGCCUCAUUAUCUUGUGGAAAAAAGGUGUUUUCUAUCCUCAUUUUAGUUUUGAAGGGGAGGGCUUUGUGGGUGUUAGUGGUAUUUGGAAUGAUAGAUUGGUGUAUAUUGUGAAUGUGUAUUCGUCGUGUUUCUUUGUUAAGAAGAAGGCUAUGUGGAAGGCUUUAGAGGGAUGCAAAGUGAGAUUUCCGUCCGGGGAUUGGUUGUUAGGUGGUGACUUCAAUGCUAUCCGUGUUGAAGAGGAGCGUAAGAGUGCUAGAGGGGUGGUCAAUAAACGGGAGAUGGAGGUGUUUAACUUGUUCAUUGAGAAAAUGGAGUUGGCGGAUCCGUCUAUUAUUGGAAAGAAAUUCACUUGGUUUAGUGUGGAUGGGAGUGCGAUGAGUCGUUUAGAUCGCUUUUUGCUUUCGGAGAGUUUGAUGGAGGCGUGGAAUGUGGGGGGCAAGUGGUGGGCACUAGAGAUCUUUUGGAUCAUUGUCCGAUUUGGCUUAAAGCGGAUGGUUUGA